AUGCAACGCAAGCCAAUCACACCCACCACAAAGGGAUGCUCAGUGCCUUGCUUUCUCCACAAUAUCAGCGUCGAGGGCGAAUACCAGGAACCGGACUGCGAUGCCCGAUACCGAAUGAAAUUCUACCACGUCCAUUUGUAUCCAGUGCUUUCCUCUUUAUUGCUGUAUGAUCGGUCGUCCUCUUCGGAUUCCUUCCAGAUCAUAUCUUCUCUCCGUUAUGACCCUGCGAUUCCGCGUGCGAUCGGUGAAAGAACUGCAGAACCCCGUCUUCUAGCUACACCAUACUACCUUCUACCUUACCACCGGGAUCGGCUCCUAAACGCGGCAAUCUGUUUCAAUUGGGCAAAAGCUAUUGAGUUUCUACGCCAGGAUUUGGACCAGUUUACUCGGAUUUUAGAGACGUUUGUACCUAACAAAUCACAACCAUGGCGCCUUCGUGUUGUUAUUGACAGCAGUGGAGCGUGCAAGGUCGAAGCCAACCCGACAGCAUCAAUGGACCCCCUAUACCUUCUCUGCCCUUCCCGAGACGUUCCACAGCCAAAUACGUGGCGUGUAUAUGUUGACUCAGAGUAUACGGCCCCUUCGGACUUUACUACGCAUAAGACUACUGCGCGUGGAGACUAUACAGCUGCCAGGUAUCGGUCCGGGAUCCUUUCACCCCAAGAGCAGGCAGAGGUGCUUGUAGUGAAUCCAAAGGGCGAAAUCAUGGAAGGGAGCAUCACAACCCCGUACUUCAGGCGGCGCAAACCUGGAUCUGAGAAGGAUAUCGCGAGCAAAGACUCCGGACCAAAAUGGGCCACACCAUCGCUCUUAAGUGGUGGCAAUGCAGGUACAACUAGACGAUACGCCCUGGCAGAAGGGUUUUGCACGGAAGAGGUUAUUACAGUGGCUGAUUUAGUAGACGGUGAGGAGUGUUGGCUUAGUAACGGUGUCAGAGGCUUCAUCCCCGGUAGGAUUGUAUUGAUGGACCCGAAAGGGUCCGAAAGGGUCCCCCUUCCACGGUAA